GCCCCAGCGGGUGUCGGACUCCUGAGCUCCACCCGUCCUCCCGUCCCGGCCUCCCAAAGGGCUAGGAUGACGGUGGCUGACCAGGCCUUUGUCACGCUGGCCACCAAUGACAUCUACUGCCAGGGGACCCUGGUCCUGGGCCAGUCCCUGAAGAGCCACCGGCUGACGAGGAAGCUGGUGGUGCUGAUCACGCCUCAGGUGUCCCGCCGGCUCAGGGUCCUCCUCUCGCGGGUGUUUGAUGAGGUCAUCGAAGUGAAUCUGCUGGACAGCGCAGACUAUAUCCACCUGGCCUUUCUGAAGAGGCCUGAGCUCGGGGUCACCCUCACCAAGCUUCACUGCUGGACUCUCACGCAUUACAGCAAGUGUGUCUUUCUGGAUGCGGACACUCUGGUCUUGUCCAAUAUUGACGAGCUGUUUGACCGGACAGAGUUUUCUGCAGCUCCCGAUCCUGGGUGGCCGGACUGCUUCAACAGCGGGGUGUUCGUCUUCAGACCGUCCCUCGAAACGCACAGCCUCCUGCUGCGACACGCCACGGAGCAUGGCAGCUUUGAUGGGGCAGAUCAAGGCUUACUGAAUAGCUUCUUCAGUAGCUGGUCGACGGCAGACAUCCACAAGCACCUGCCGUUCAUCUAUAACCUGAGUAGUAACACUGCAUACACUUAUAGCCCUGCCUUUAAACAAUUCGGUUCCAGUGCCAAGGUAGUCCAUUUUUUGGGGUCCACGAAGCCAUGGAACUACAAGUACAGUCCUCAGACUGGGUCGGUUUGGGAGCAGGACCCAGGAUCAAGCACUCAGCACCAGGUGGGAUUCCUUAAUCUCUGGUGGAAGAUCUAUCAGACAAUGGUGCUGCCUCUUUAUGAAAGUGUCAAAGCUGGGGAGACACACACAUCUCCAGGACACACGGUUUCCCUCAGUGGUGUUGAUGUGCCGUGUGCAAAUUUAGCACUUGGCGCUGAAGAGCCGUGUGCAGAUUCAGCACUGGGGUCCCACCACCGGCCUGCUGAAGAUUGUCCGGAGCCAACCGUGGUAGAGGCUGAGACCCCAUCCCUGCCUGAAGAGUGCCAUUCAGAGGAUACGACAGGCCGCCCUGAGAUGGAGACUCCUGCUGCUGCUGGAACUCCGUGUGACCCGCUGCCCCAGCCCUCCCCUCAACUGGCAGACCUCACAGAAACACACACUGCCUCGCAUCCAACAAAUAAAGCGGAAAGUGACCCCUCUGAGGAAACCUUGGAACCAAACCAAGAAGUCAUCGGAGACCCCAGUCCUCUGGACGCUUUAGAGGUUGACCUGGCCAUCUCUGUCUCGGAGAUUUCCAUCGAAGAGAAGGUCAAGGAACUGAGUCCCGAGGAAGAGAGAAGAAAAUGGGAGGAGGGCCGUAUAGACUACUUGGGGAAGGAUGCGUUCGCCCGGAUCCAGGAGAAGCUGGACCGCUUUCUGCAGUAAUGGCUGCUGCUGCUUUGUGCUUUCUCAAUAACUUAUGAAAUCACUGUGCCAUUUUGACUUGGCUCUUCUGGGAGGAUUCUCAGCCUUAUGAGUCGGGACAGAUUCUUCCACGAGAGAGCCUCAUAUUUGGAGACAUCUUUGAGAACAAAUGAACGCUGUGUGCUGACCGUCUCAACAGCUGGCUGUUAGUGACCUAUGCAGUUAUCAUUAAAAAUGGGCACUAUUGAAACGAA